CUUUAAAACUACCGAACUGUGUAUACUGUCGCUCCAAAAAAUGAGCAGAGCAGAAACCCUGUGUCUUUCUCUAUUAAGCAAUUGCAAAACUCUCUUGAACCUCAAGCAAAUCCAGUCCUUGGUUUACAAAUCCGGCCUGGAAACCAACCCAUUUAUCGCCGGAAAACUCAUACUUGUCUCUGCUGUUCAAAUCCCUGACUCUAUUAAUUACGCUCGUCGUCUCCUAAUUCACAAUCCUAACCCAGAUGUAUUCAUGUACAACACCCUCAUCCGUGGUGAAUCCCAAUCACCAAAGAACUCGGUUAACGCGUUCGUUUACAUGUUGCGCCACUCAAAUUACCCUCCUGAUACUUUUACUUUUGCUUUUGUGUUGAAGGCGGUGGCGAAUUUGCAGUGUUUGAGAACUGGGAUUCAGUUGCAUUGUCAAUCUAUGGUUCGUGGGUUUGAUGCUCAUGUAUUUGUUGGGACUACAUUGGUUAGUAUGUAUGCUGAAUGUGGGUUUCUUGAGUUUGCUUGGAAGGUGUUUGAUCAAAUGCCUGAAAGAAAUGUUGUGGCAUGGAAUGCGAUGAUUACAGGGUGUUUUAGAGGGAAUGAUGUGAGCGGUGCGGAUAGAGUGUUUGGUUUAAUGCCGUUUAGGGAUUUGACUACUUGGAACGUGAUGCUGGCAGGGUAUGCUAAAGCUGGGGAAGUUGAGCGUGCCAAGGGGUUGUUUUUGAAGAUGCCGAAUAGAGAUGAUGUUUCUUGGAGUACUAUGAUUGUUGGGUUUGUUCAUAAUGGUUGUUUUGAUGAGGCGUUUGGGGUUUUUAGGGAGUUGGUUGGGAGUGGAAAUAGGCCGAAUGAAGUGAGCUUGACAGGUGUUUUAUCUGCGUGUGCUCAAGCUGGGGCGUUUGAUUUUGGGUUAGUAUUGCAUGGAUUUGUAGAGAAAGUGGGAUUUGUAUGGAUUAGUUCUGUGAACAAUGCGCUUUUGGAUACGUACUCCAAGUGUGGAAAUGUGUUGAUGGCUCGUCUUGUCUUUGAGAGAAUGCCGGGGAAGAAAAGCAUUGUUUCUUGGACUUCUAUGAUUGCAGGGUUUGCAAUGCAAGGAUAUGGUGAUGAGGCGAUAAAGCUUUUUCAUGAGAUGGAAGAAUCUAGGACAAGGCCUGAUGGGAUCACUUUUAUUUCGGUCCUUUAUGCAUGUAGUCAUGCUGGCUUAGUUGAACAAGGUCAUGAGCUUUUUAGUAAAAUGACAGGAGUUUAUGAUGUUGAACCAACUAUUGAGCAUUAUGGUUGUAUGGUUGAUUUGUAUGGCAGGGCUGGUCAGCUUCAUAAGGCAUAUAAUUUUGUGGUUCAAAUGCCAGUAACACCCAAUGCCGUUAUUUGGCGGACACUUCUUGGGGCUUGCAGCUUUUUCGGUCACAUUGAAUUGGCCGAGCAAGUAAAUAAAAGGCUCUCUCAGCUGGAUCCAGACAACUCUGGUGACCAUGUUUUACUGUCCAACAUUUAUGCAUUUGCAGGGAAAUGGAAGGAUGUUGCCAUGGUGAGGAGAUCAAUGGCUGAGAAGAAUAUGAAGAAAAUUCCUGGUUGGAGCACAAUUGAAGUGGACAAGGUCAUGUACAGUUUUGUGGCAGGGGAUAAACGAAAUGAGAUUACUGAAGAGGCUUAUAAUAAACUAAGUGAGAUAAUGUUAAAACUUAAAGUAGAAGGCGGUUAUAUUGCAGAGGUAGGCAGCGUUUUGCAUGAUUUGGAAGAGGAAGACAAGGAAGAUGCUGUGUCUAAGCACAGCGAGAAACUUGCUGUUGCUUUUGGUAUGGCAAGGUUAUGUAAGGGAAGCACCAUACGAAUUGUAAAGAAUUUGAGGAGAUUAUUGGUGAGGGAUGAUUUAUGGUUCGAUCAAAUUGGCAAUGCUCCCGUUUUCAAGGUAAACAACAUUGGCAGCGAACAGAAGACUCACAUUAUGGAUGUCAUGGAAUGCUCCAUGCUUGCCAUUGCAAUGAAGAAUAUGGAAAAGAAGUAUUCAAACACGUCUGUCAACUAAUAGACUUGGAAAAGGCUACCGCAUCAAGGAAUAUUGCCUCCUUACUUGAAGCUUUUAUUCAAACAUUGUGUAAUAACCCUUAAUUAAAUAAGGGCAUAUGAGUAAUUAGCCCAAAGGAAAAGAGAACUAGUUGGGUCCAAGCCCAAGUGCCGUAACUGGAAACAUUAAAAGGGACUAGGGUCCUUAACCUUUUAGAAUUCAAAAUAAUGAAUUGAAGUGGUGGAAGUCCUGAGAAUUUGGAAACCAACAGAAGUCAAUUUCUUCCCUAAGUAGCAAAGAAAGAGACGAAGCUAAACCUUGUGAAAGCUGAAGCUAUGUAACAAUUUUGUACCCAACGGAAAAGGUAAAAACACGAGAGGUUACAAGCUUUAAAAAUCCAGCAAGUUGUGGAAGAAUUCUCGGUUCAAGAGACCGCAGGUGACGUUGGUGAGGUUUUUGUUAACUAGAGAGCACGAGUUGAAAGUUCCUGGUGAGCCCCGCACUUGUUCGCGUGGGUGAAGAGUCUAUUUAUUUAUUAUGGUCUUUCCUUUUGAAUUCUUAGAGUUGCUCCUCAGUCAUUUGAUCUGUCCCAUGAGGAUUCCUUUAUUUAUCAUAGACUGGUGACCAGUAUUAGACAUUUUUCCUAUAUUUGAGAGAUGUUUUAGUAUUAUUACGUUGAAAUGGGUCGUUUGAGGAUGAUUGCAGUUAGUUUGGUUGAGAUUGGUUAUUUCUGUUGUUGGUUGAUUGAGACAGGAAAAUUUUGGGAUAGUCAUAAAAACAGGGGAAACUUUGCCCGAUUUUCUGUAAAUUCCCGUUAAGGCUUGCUUUGGGAACCCUAUCCCUUAGCGCCGGUCAUGGUCCUAAAUUGGGUCGGGACACAUUGAAAGCAUACAUGGAAAAUUUACAGAGAGAGGGGGAAGGGAGAAGGCUUUUCGAAGUGGGGUGAUUUUCGAAUGCCUUAUUAGUUACAUCUUGAGAGUCCUAUAUGGACCUCUGAAAUAAUUAACCUCUUUUAGAUUGUUACAAGUGGAUGGCUAUCUUUAAAGAUGCCUUCUGCUUUUCUGAAAAGUUGGACGGCUACUUUGUAAAAGUUGUCUGCCACUUUUUUGCUUUUUCAAAAGUUUGACGGCUACUUUGUAAAAGUUGUCGACCACCUGUCUUUUACCUCCUGCUUUUCCGAAGGGGUAAAAUUACUUCAAACUUUCUUGGUAAUGAAGAUAUGCUUGGGCCAUUCCUUGUGGGUCCAUCAUGUCGCCAUUAUCUUCUGCUGAUGAAGACGCUGUAUCCAGUAGUUCUUGGACUUCUGCUGGGUCGGUGUCAUCAAUGUUACUCAAAGCUGCUAAGAGCUUUUUUUUUUAAUUCUGCUUUGGACUCUGUUGAUCCUGUUCUGCUGCUGGAUGGCUUUGGAUUCUUAAGUUUUAAAUUCUUAGAUUCCGGUGUCUAUCCUUUGAUUUUAAUGGUUUUGAUUAAAUAUUUAAUCCUAGUUAUUUCAGCUAUGUCAAAAGGCCAGCUGAUGAUAUAAGAAAUUCUUUUUCUUAUGCAAUACUGACAUAAUUUAAUAUGUUCUGGCAAGGUGGAAAUUUCCUGCUCCUUCUGGAACCUCUCAUAAUGAAUUUGGAAGCUUUUGGGUAUUGUUAGCUCAUUGCCUCCGAAUCUUACCCACCAGUUGUAAAACCAUCUUGGGAUGAUUGACUUGGCCAUUUGUUCGCUAUAUUUUACGAACCAUGUAUGAGAAAUGGGUCAUACAUACAGAAAGUUGUACCAUGCCCAUUCAUAAUCAUAGUAAUUAUAGGUCUGCGGCCUAUGUUGCUUGGAUAACACAAUUCGAGUAUGUAGAUGAUCUACUUUCCAAUCAAAUGGGUUGAUAAUCUUGUUUAUGGUAAAUUUUGAAUAUGAAAUGCUGUCGGGAUCGCAUUCAUCACUCAAAAUAUGUUCAAUUGUUAUUGAUCCUAUGUCUGUCAGGAUGAAUUCACAAUAUCUCCUAGUCGUGAUAGGAUCAUUGGUCUCGAUAUAGUCAAAGUUAGUGUAGCAAGGUUUGGGUAGGUCCUCAACCUUCCAGUUUGAAUAAUGUUUAUCUAGUGCCAUAAUAGGUAUUUGUGCUUUUUUAACAAUGGCAAAUUCUUCUGGAGUUUCCUGUUGUUUACUUUCCUUCUGUAAGGGUGUGUUGGGAUUAACUGCCUGUGCAAAAGAUUUUGGGGUCUUCAUUUCAUAACAAUCACUGGUUUGGAUUUUACCUUUACCUUUGAUUGAGCUUGUGGAGGAUCUUUGCAUCCUCUGAAAUGGUGAUGAUGGUUCUAUUUGGGGAAUAGAACCGAGAAUGGUUAAUUUUUGUUGACUUGUAACUGGGCCUGGUUAGUCUUGGGAAUUCAGCCAAGGCUGAAUACCUGUUAUCAUUGGGUUUUUUAUUGGGUUUUUUCUGGAAAGGGGAUGUUGGGGCUCCUGCCUCAUGGUAACCCUGUAAAAAUUCCCUUGUAAGAAAAUCUGGUUAAGAGUUUAAAUCUCCUUUUAUAAAUUUUAUUUCAAAAUCGUAAUAAUGCUUGCCAUCUGGCAAAAAUUUGUUUUGAAACAAGAUUUUUAACAUCCUUUGUAAAAUCUCUUUUGUUGAUUUACAAUCAAUUCUUAAUAAAAAAUUCUUAUUUAUCAAGUCAUCUUGAAAUUUUGUAAUACAUAGUGCUAUGGAUAAAUUUUCUUUUUCA